GAGCUGAGACACUGCUUGGCUCUGCACUGCCGUGUGACUAGAAAUUGUAAUCGCGGGGAAAGAGAGAGAAACAGACAGAGCCUGGCUGAGGGAGACCAAGACAGACGGACAGACAGACAGACAGACAAUCUGACCCAGACGGGCUCCCCGACCUACAUAAAGCGGGUGAUGGGGACCGAGCGAGAGUGAGGAGGAGAUGGAGGCGAAGGAGAGGGGGGCCUGGUGGUCCCAAGGGCAGGGAGAGAGUGAGGGGGGGGCCUGAGGAGGGGGUUGGGGCCUGAGGAGGUGGACAGGGACCAGAGGCAGAGGGGCUGGGAGAGAGCAGGGGGCUGGGGUCAGUGGGUGAAGAGGAGAGGCUGGCGGUGUGGGGAGAGUAGAGGUGGGGGUGGGGGUGGGGGUAGGAGACAGACAGGAGGAGGCGAGCAGGGAGGGGAGGAGGAGACGGUUGCUGCAGUGGCCUCGACAGCCCCCAGGGGGGUGGGAAGGGUGACAGGCGAGGGGGGGGGCGCGGGGAGACCCAGGAAGCCCCUGCGCCCCCCCCAGCACAACCUCGACAGGAAGCCCUGGAGAGCUGGGCAAGCAGAGCCCCAGGCGGCUGGAGGCAUGUGGAGGGGGGGCCUGGGGCACAGGGAGAGGCCCAGCGGAAGCCGAGCCACUGGGCCCCCCAGCGCCCACGCGGAGCAUGAACAUUGAGGAUGGCGCGCGCCCGCGGCUCCCUGUGCCCCCCACUGCCGCCUGGUAGGAUGUCCUGGCCCCAUGGGGCCCUGCUCUUCCUCUGGCUCUUCUCCCCACCCCUGGGGGCCGGCGGGGGCGGCGUGGCCAUGACAUCUGCCGCUGGAGGGGGCUCCCCGCCAGCCACCUCCUGCCCCUCGGCCUGCUCCUGCAGCAACCAGGCCAGCCGGGUGAUCUGCACAAGGAGAGAGCUGGCCGAGGUCCCAGCCAGCAUCCCCGUCAACACGCGGUACCUGAACCUGCAGGAGAACAGCAUCCAGGUGAUCCGGACCGACACCUUCAAGCACCUGCGGCACCUGGAGAUUCUGCAGCUGAGCAAGAACCUGGUGCGCAAGAUCGAGGUGGGCGCCUUCAACGGGCUGCCCAGCCUCAACACGCUCGAGCUGUUCGACAACCGGCUGACGACGGUGCCCACGCAGGCCUUUGAGUACCUCUCCAAGCUGCGCGAGCUCUGGCUGCGCAACAACCCCAUCGAGAGCAUCCCCUCCUACGCCUUCAACCGCGUGCCCUCGCUGCGGCGCCUCGACCUGGGCGAGCUCAAGCGGCUGGAAUACAUCUCGGAGGCGGCCUUCGAGGGCCUGGUGAACCUGCGCUACCUCAACCUGGGCAUGUGCAACCUCAAGGACAUCCCCAACCUGACGGCCCUGGUGCGCCUAGAGGAGCUGGAGCUGUCGGGCAACCGGCUGGACCUGAUCCGCCCGGGUUCCUUCCAGGGCCUUACCAGCCUGCGUAAGCUGUGGCUGAUGCACGCCCAGGUGGCCACCAUCGAGCGCAACGCCUUCGACGACCUCAAGUCGCUGGAGGAGCUCAACCUGUCCCACAACAACCUGAUGUCGCUGCCCCACGACCUCUUCACGCCCCUGCACAGGCUCGAGCGCGUCCACCUCAACCACAACCCCUGGCACUGCAACUGCGACGUGCUCUGGCUGAGCUGGUGGCUCAAGGAGACGGUGCCCAGCAACACGACGUGCUGCGCGCGCUGCCACGCGCCUGCUGGCCUCAAGGGGCGCUACAUCGGCGAGCUGGACCAGUCUCACUUCACUUGCUACGCGCCGGUCAUCGUGGAGCCUCCCACGGACCUCAACGUCACCGAGGGCAUGGCUGCCGAGCUCAAGUGCCGCACGGGCACCUCCAUGACCUCCGUAAACUGGCUGACGCCCAACGGCACCCUCAUGACCCACGGCUCCUACCGCGUGCGCAUCUCCGUCCUGCACGACGGCACGCUCAACUUCACCAACGUCACCGUGCAGGACACGGGCCAGUACACCUGCAUGGUGACGAACUCGGCCGGCAACACCACCGCCUCGGCCACGCUCAACGUCUCGGCGGUGGACCCCGUGGCGGCCGGCGGCGCCGGUGGAGGCGGGGGCGGCCCCGGGGGCGGAGGGGGCGGCGGAGGGGGCAGUGGCGGCUACACCUACUUCACCACGGUGACGGUGGAGACCCUGGAGACGCAGCCCGGAGAGGAGGCCCUGCAGCCGCGGGGGACGGAGAAGGAGCCGCCGGGGCCCACGACAGAUGGCGUCUGGGGCGGGCGCCGGCCCGGGGAGGCGGCCGGCCCGGCCUCGUCGUCCACCACGGCGCCCGCCCCGCGCUCCUCGCGGCCCACAGAGAAGGCGUUCACGGUGCCCAUCACGGACGUGACGGAGAACGCCCUCAAGGACCUGGACGACGUCAUGAAGACCACCAAGAUCAUCAUCGGCUGCUUCGUGGCCAUCACGUUCAUGGCCGCUGUGAUGCUCGUGGCCUUCUACAAGCUGCGCAAGCAGCACCAGCUCCACAAGCACCACGGGCCCACGCGCACGGUGGAGAUUAUCAACGUGGAGGACGAGCUGCCCGCCGCCUCUGCGGUGUCUGUGGCCGCCGCCGCUGCCGUGGCCGGCGGGGGCGGCGGGGGCGGGGACAGCCACCUGGCCCUGCCUGCCCUGGAGCGCGACCACCUCAACCACCACCACUACGUGGCGGCCGCCUUCAAGGCGCACUACAGCAGCAACCCCAGCGGCGGGGGCUGCGGGGGCAAGGGCCCGCCGGGCCUCAACUCCAUCCACGAACCUCUGCUCUUCAAGAGCGGCUCCAAGGAGAACGUGCAAGAGACGCAGAUCUGAAGCCCCGGGGGCAGGGUGGGGGGAACCACGGGGCUGGGGCCGGACUGGGACCCACCCCACAGCCC